AUGGCUCCCAGCAGGAAACCCUCCACAACCGCCGAGGUUGCCUUGGUGCCACUCAAGAACUGUCUGGUCAAUCUGCCUCCCUCGCUCGUCUCUGUGCUGGUCAAUGCAAAUGCGAAUGUUAUUGUCGAGCUGCAGUACCGUUCGUCCGUCAGCUGGCCGGGCUCUCAGUCCAAUGGCCCCACUCAACGAUCAUCGUACCUGGGGUGGACAGGAAUGCCCAGCAAGCGCAAGCUGGCAUCGGUGGUCAGCAAAGACGGAAUCAGUGGAGGUUCCUCUGCCAGGGAACAUGAAGUGGCGGUUGUUGAGAUCGAUUCCUCGUUCGGAAGGGUGCUCGGGUUGACAGAGGGGCAAAAGGUUGGAUUGUUUUUGCAUCUUGACCCUCCGGUAGCCCACACUAUCAACAUUGAGCCGUUGACUCCUGCAGACUGGGAGAUUAUUGAGCUCCAUGCGACCUUCCUUGAACUGAACCUCCUCUCUCAGAUCCGCGCUUUGCCAAAUCCUGGCUACAACGGUUCACCUCUAGGCCAGGCAGAGCACAUACAUCCACUCACGUUACACCUCUCUCCCACAUCGACAGCCAAUAUCGUUAUCACCUCCCUCACUCCCGCGCCACCAGCCGCAUCCGCCUUCGCCAAGAUCGCGCCGGACGCAGAAGUGAUUGUUGCGCCAAAAGUUCGCCCAAAAUCGGCAAAAGCAAACCGAGGAGAGAGUCGAAGUACAACGAGCACCAGCCGCAAAAGUGUCGGGGGGAGAAGUACAACCAGCACAGUGCGACCAAAGAGUAGUCGCUCAGAGUCGUUUGAACGCGGAGCGGUCUAUCUCAGGGGCGUGGACCGCCAAUUUGUCGAUGAGUGGUUCGACGAGGGCUCAGACGACCACGUCAAUGAUGGCUUGCGGGUUUGGAUUGACCGGGACGUCCUUGCGAGUAAUGAGCUUCGCGGAAGCGAGUGGGUUGCUAUUUCAAUCGUCCAACCAGCGGGUUUGCAAGCUCCUGUUGAUCCUCAACAACAACAGCAGCAAAGAGAGCAAGAUUCCAGCGAAUCUGGCAAACCGGCGACCAAACUCGUUGCCAAGGUCAUACCCUGGGAUGACGCCCCUGACAGCCGACAUGUCGCCAUCUCAUCUCUUUUGUGCACUGCUUUAAACUCGCCAAGCAUGGUGGGUGGUAUUGUGCGGGUUGAGGCAGCACCUUCCCAGCUGGCUCGAUCUGCUGUCAAGUCCCUCAAGAUAUAUCCGUUCGCAUCAGAUGCGUCGAAGAAGAAAGAUGGGUUGAAAUUCGGAGGCGACACUUCUGCUUCGCGAAAUGCUUUGGCAGAGCGUAUCAAGAUCACUUAUGGAAGCCCUGGCUCGGAUGUCGGGCUUAUGUCAGGCCCUAUCACAGAUGGGAUGAUCCUCCCAAAGACCGAUAGUCAGAUUUCCACGACCGCCUUUGAGGGUGGUAUUGUUCGCUUUGAUCCGCCCCUGAAGAGCUCAGACCAUGAAACGACAUUUGGAUGGUUCCUAGGGUCGGAGAGCAAGUUCAACAUCGACGUACAACCCGAAAUACCGAGGCCGACUGAUCCGACACUGUCGGCGAUUGCAGGAGAAGAACAAAUACCCGUCUCCGCGCCGGAGAUGGUAGGCAUCGACUCGCUUAUCACUCAGAGUCUUACGAAUCUGACCCGGUCAUCCUCCAUUCUCUUGACAGGUGGCCUGGGAUCCGGUAAGACGACGCUCUGCCAUCUGUUAGGGAGUCGGUUGCGGGAAGAGUAUCUGUUCCACGUUUCUUAUUUCUCCUGUCGCAAACUAGUCACGGAUGAGACAAGGGUGUCUACUAUCAAGGAGACUCUUAAUAGGCUCUUCAUGUCUGCUUCGUGGUGCGCACGUCUUGGCGGCCGGUCCGUUGUGAUACUUGACGACCUCGACAAGCUGUGCCCUGUCGAGACUGAGCUUCAGGUGGGGGGAGAAAACGGAAGAAGCCGUCAGGUCAGCGAGAUUGUGUGUUCCAUAGUCCGGGAGCACUGCACUAUGUCGUCGUCUGUGGUGCUGCUGGCCACGGCGCAAUCCAAGGAUUCCUUGAACAAUAUUAUCGUCGGUGGUCAUGUUGUACGAGAAAUUUUGAAUCUGAAUGCUCCUGACAAGGAAGGCCGAAGGAAGGUCCUCGAAAAACUGACCAGCCAGGACAAAGCCAUGAGCACACUCAACGGCCAUGUUCGGAGCCAGAGCACGUCAACGCAAGACUCCUGGCUAGACCCUUCGAAUCCUGGGAGCCGUCCCAGUUCCUCUGGGGCCGAUGGGUUUGUCUUGGCACGAGAUGUGGAUUUUCUCGACUUGGCUGGAAAGACGGAUGGGUAUAUGCCCGGAGAUCUGGUGCAGUUGGUUGCCCGUGCUAGGAAUGAAGCGUUGAUCCGGUCUGUUCAGGACACAGCGAACUCAACGACAGUCACGCUGAAGAGCGAGGACUUUGAGCGUGCUCUGAAGGGCUUCACUCCAGCAUCACUUCGUAAUGUCACCCUCACUUCUUCAUCGACUACCUUCGCUUCCAUCGGCGGCCUCCAUAGCACCCGGCAGACGCUUCUGGAAACGUUGAUGUAUCCGACGAAGUAUGCGCCGAUAUUUGCCCAGUGUCCUCUCCGGCUACGGUCGGGUUUGCUGUUGUAUGGCUUUCCCGGCUGUGGCAAGACAUUACUUGCCAGUGCGGUAGCGGGCGAGUGCGGGUUGAACUUCAUCAGCGUCAAAGGCCCCGAGAUCCUGAACAAAUACAUCGGAGCGAGUGAGAAGAGCGUGCGAGACCUCUUCGAGCGGGCCCAGGCUGCCAAACCGUGCAUCUUAUUUUUCGACGAGUUCGACAGUAUCGCACCCAAACGUGGACAUGACUCGACGGGAGUCACGGACCGCGUGGUGAACCAGCUGCUGACGCAGAUGGACGGCGCAGAAGGCCUGUCCGGUGUGUACGUUCUGGCAGCCACGUCUCGACCGGACCUGAUCGACCCUGCGUUGCUGCGACCAGGCCGUCUGGACAAGUCGCUGCUCUGUGACAUGCCGUCGCAUUCUGACCGCAUUGACAUUAUCCGGGCUGUUAGCAAGAAGCUCAAACUGAGUGACGAGGUGCAGUCUCGCAUUGGCGAGAUCGCCUCUCGGACGGAGGGGUAUUCGGGAGCUGAUAUUCAGGCGGUCGUCUACAAUGCGCAUCUCGAAGCAAUCCACGACCUGCUGGGUGACCGCUCGUCAGAGCCUACGGGGCCGAAGAAAGCUGCAUCAGGCAGUGGUUCCAAAUCUACUGGAAGCGACCCAUCCAGCAAAUCGUUCAUCCAAUUCCUGUACUCUGAAGAGGAAUCCAAUGCUGCGUCUGCGAACCACCACCCUACGAAGCCCGCGCUGACGCCACCGGCCGUCGUGGCCGCCAAACUCGAAGCCUUGAAACAGGCUCGCCGACGGCAACGGCAGCUUGAACACGGAACUGCCGACGCCUCUGGUGCUGAGGCCGGCGGAGGAACAGCAAUCACCAACGGCGCGGCAGCCGAGAACCGCGACUCUCGCGAAGAGGUCGUGAUCGAGUGGGAGCAUAUCGAGCGCUCGCUGGCGACGACACGCUGCUCGCUCAGCGAGCGCGAGCGGAAGCGUCUAGAAGCCAUCUACCGAGAAUUCGUCGUGGGCCGGAACGGCGAGAUGCCGACUGGCGAGGGGGCGCGCGAGAUUGGGGGACGGACGAGUCUGAUGUGA